CCUCCUCUGUUGCUCUCCUCCAGGUUUCUUCCUUUUUUCCCCUGAAGGGUUAUUUGGGAGUUUUUCCUGGUCCGAUGUGAGGUUUUGGGGCAGGGAUGUCUAUGUGUACAGAUUGUAAAGCACUCCGAGACAAAUUUGUAAUUUGUGAAAUUGGGCUAUACAAAUAAACUGAAUUGAAUUGAAUUGAAUAUGUAAUAAAGAUGAUUAAAUACAUUGUUUUGUUUAAUAUUGAAUAAAGAUGAUAAAAUACUUAUGUUUAAUAUAUAUGAUGAAAUACUUAGGUAUGUUUAAUAAAAGAUGGUGAAAUAUUUAGUUAUGUUUAAUAAAUAUGAUGAAAUACUUAUAUAUGUUUAAUAAAAUGUGAUUUAGGGCGACUAUGGGUCAGUGGGUAGCAGGUCCGUCUUUCAAUCAGGGGGUUGGAGGUUCAAUUCCCGCCCUAGUUGAUGUGUCUUGAGCAAGGCACUUGACCCUGAAUUGCUCCCUUUAGCUGCGUCUACGGUGUAUGAAUGUAACAGGAUUGUAAGUCGCUUUGGAUAAAAGCCCUCCCCCUCAGCCAGAGUCAAAAACACUUCAUCCAGGGUCUUUAAUCUGAGAGCGUCAUAAGAGUCAAUGACGAAAAUAAAACAAACUCUGCUUUUCCCUCCGAGAAAUGUAAUAUACUCUGUUUUAUUAAAGUAUUCAAAAAAUCAGGCAUUCUUCUCAUCUGUAGGCCAUCACAAACACAGCAAAUGCCCGCAGGACUUUCACAAUGUUGACAGUGAUGUAAACCCCUGAACCAGACUGCAGCAGUCCCCAUAGCAACAGAGGAGAGGGAGGGCAUCACACAAGGCAGAGAGACACAUCAUGAGUCAGGCCACUUGAGUUCACAUCCCAAGCUGUGUAGAAUCUUUAAGCACUAAAAACACAACCACACACCACACAGAGCAUCAUAUUCCCUCUGAGAGCUUCAAACAUGAGGGAUAUCAGUUGGCUCCAAUUUCCACACAGGCAAAGAUAUGGUACGAUCCACCCUCAUAAUAAAACCCUCACCGAUGGUUUCCCCCUCCCUCCGCCUGGCAGGUACCACUUACAGCCAGGGGAGGGGGGUGAGGGGGAUCCUAUCCAUCCACCACACAUCUAGUGCUCAUUGUGGAUGGAUUGCAGUGCACUGAACUGUACAGAGCAGGGUACCAUCCAGGCUGUUGUCUGUGAGGGGUGGGGUCCGGCUACACCGAUACCACCAGACGUACGCUUAAAGAGGAUCACAGAGGCAGAAAAAGAGAGGCAAAAAGAGAGAGAAGAGGGGGGAAGAUUGUACCUAAGGAGGACGACAAAACGGGUAAGAAUAAAAGGGAGUGGAUGGAGAUGGAAGGAAAAGGACAAUGGAGAAAGGUCCAGAAGGGUUCGGAUAGAUCUGUUCCUCUGCUGCUCGGUUCCCCCCCCUGUUGACAAUCCAUCCGACUCCUUUUUCAUCUGUGACACAUCAUUUUUUUUCUUCAAUCAUUUGCACAUUUGUUCAUAAUUUCAUGAAUGUCUCUGGCUGCAGUGCUUAUUUACGCGCUCGUAGUGGGAGACUCUGUUGGCCAUGGUGAGUAGAUCGGACCAUUUGGCCCGGUUCACAUGUGUUCUUAGCAUUUGAUAGAAUGUACUUUAAGCUUUUGUUUCAAUAUAAGAUGACAUGAUGGAUCGGAUGUGCUGAUUUUAAGACACAAUGUUGACUGAUAUAUAUACUGCAUCAUUGGGGACUGACAUGUUUCAUGCUAUCUUGCUUGCUCUGCAGCCAACGCUGCCAUAAUAUAUAUACAAGCAAUGAAUAUUAUCAUUGUUGACUAUAAAUUGUAUCAUAUGACAUAAUACUGUACGUUAUUUUUUUAUACACAUACUGUAGUUAGUUUGUUGAACCACCCACACUCAUUGAAAAGCUAACUUUGCAAUCAAUAACCCUCGGUGGGUGAGUAGAAAAUAAUAUUAUCAACCGUAACUCAUUGCAACACCAUUUAUAUGAUUGUAUCUAUUUAAAAAUACAUUUGGUCAAAGUGACGAAUUGUAUUUCCGGGAUAUAUGGAUGACUCAUUCCUGAAGAAGCAGAGCUACAGGGGAACUAUUUCAUGAAACACUGACACAAACAAAUGCAAAGGUUUACAGAAGGUCUCUCCGUGCAUGAAGCGUACAUGCUGCUUUGUUUUUGUUGGCCAGGAUGAACGCAGACACACCCGUGAACAGCGCCAUGAGUGCCGGCCAAGCCAGGAAGCUGGUUGAACAGCUGAAGAUAGAGGCUAGUUUUUGCAGGAUAAAGGUAUCGAAGGCGGCCGCUGACCUGAUGGCGUACUGCGACGCGCACUCCUGCGACGACCCGCUCAUCACCCCCGUGCCCACCUCGGAGAACCCUUUCAGGGAGAAGAAAUUCUUCUGCGCUCUUCUUUGAGACCAAUCAGGGAUUGUUGUGAAAAACGGUACAACUGUACAGUGUGUACAUGUACUUCUGAUCUGAAUAAGAUGUCAAUGUACUGUAGUAACCUUGCAUAAAAGCUGCCGAUGUACAGUACACAACAUCUACGAAAAAGUGACUCAAACUAAAUUCUUUAACCGCAAUUAGAGGAGAAGAACAAAUAAGAAGAAAAAGAAUGUUAAAGUAAACCUGAAAUCAAUUAGUAAAGACUAAAAUACAUUGAAGAAACAGCUGUCAUGUUUGUAAACACAUUUCAUGCUCAUAUAUAUUGCAGGUAAUUGGCGAAAGGAAAACCGUGUGGGCGUCAAGUAUCUCCCUGGGCCCAGGAACAGACCUGUAUGGAUUCUGCAGGGUCAGUUAUCCUACAAAAAUGAAAAAAAGUCUCCAAACUUUUAAGAUCUGUUGAGGAAAAAAAAGGAAAGACAAGACCAGCCAAUGUUAGGAGUUCCCAUGUGGUGGUUACGUGUAGGUGGAGUAGUAACUCCUCUCCAGUCUAGGUGUGCUGUACUUCCAGGUAGAGGUCUUCAUUCUCUCUCCAACAUUUAGAUCGUCCUUAAAGAGCUAUGUCCCACAUGUUGUCAAUAUAUGUUGUAUUCCUCAUCCACUUUCCCAUUGUGGCCGGUUUAAGACAACAGCUGCGUACAAUCAUCCAAUGGAUUUAGCAAGAUUUGAGCGCUUUGCUCAUUUCUAGGCUGUUGCUGUAGCGUGUAACAUACGUGUGAAUGUGUGAACAGGUACUACUGUGAAGGGUGAGCAACAGCAUCCGAUCACAAUAAAAUGUAAAAUCAAGAUUUUAUAAUAGCACAGAACCCCCCCCCCCCCUCAAAUAAAAGAAACCGAACAACAUUCCAUGUAUUAAGGACAUAAUCAACGCCAUUAAAGCAAAGUCAGAUAUUUGAUUGACUGGAACAAUUUAAAAAAGUACUUUUAAAGAAUACGUCAUUGUUCACAAUCACGUCUGAGUUCUCCAGAGCCGAGGGCUUCUUCAGUCUAACGUCACCAUUCGUUCACGGGAAUGACUCUGGGAUUCCCCAUUUUACUUAAAAGGUGUCCCUUUCUCUGCAGUUAUUUCUCCAUCCACAAACACAUGAAAAGCGCUCAAUUGGAGAUCCCUCGGACAUCAAGAGCUCCAUGACAUCUUUGACAUAAUAAAUAAACCUUUUGUGAACCCUUGCUCUGAACUGGUAAAAACAAUAAACCAAUGUAUUGUCAAAAACA